GUGAAAUUUUGCUUCUUCUUUAUCUCUCGCACAAAGUCUUUCUCUCGGCAAACUGUCUCUCAAAACUCUUGGCCAAAAUUUUGCUUUCCCACAAAGUUUUUCCUGUUGAAUCUCUCCGCAAUCAAACUAUCCUUGCUUUCCCAUUGAAGGGAUGUAAUUCCAUGAUAAAUUUUUGCCCUAAAUUGAUUUCUCUCGGUUGCCUAAAUUUUUGCCCUCUGCCUCUCUCGGCCACUUUCCUCUCCUCUACUCCCUACCUCUGCCGUCCCGUCGCCCCUACUCUUUCCCUCUCAUCAUCAGGUUUAGGUUCGUCAAAACCAGAAAAUGGAACAACAUGACAUUGAAAAGGACGAGUUCGAAUUCUCCAAAAACAACGAAGCCCUAAUUUUUGGUCCCGCUUCUCAAAUCUCGCGGUUUCGCUAUGUCGUCGACAUCGGCUGCUGCAGCUUCUUCUUCAUCCUCAACGGCGUCGUCUCAAUUCACCUACACUACCGGCACGUACUUUCCGACUCCGUUUCACCUACAACAGCCGCAAACCUAUGUGGCUGCUGCCGCUGCCGCUUCAAUUCUGCAAUUUCCUGCUCCUCCUCCUGCGGUUCCCCACGUUUAUCCUGCUCCCGCUACAGUCCCUACCGUGUACUCCCUCCCUCAGUAUCAACAGGCCCAGCAAUUAUUUCAGAGGGAUGCACAAACAAUAACACUUGAAGCGCUAGAGAGUGUGAAAGCUGCGCUUGCAAGUAGUGAGAUUGAGCACAAGGCCGAGACUAAGAAGAAAGCAGUACCUCGUAAGGCAGCAGGGCAGGCAUGGGAGGAUCCUACACUUGCAGAUUGGCCAGAGAAUGAUUCUCGUUUGUUCUGUGGUGAUCUUGGUAAUGAGGUGAAUGAUGAUGUUCUAUCCAAAGCAUUUUCAAGAUUUCCAUCUUUUAACAUGGCCAGGAUCGCUGUAUACACUUUUCUUCAUCCCUUCAAUUUCUCGGCUGUUUUCUCUUCUUCUGAAGGAUUGGCACUAACCUCUACUAAAGCAUAGCCGGACUGCUCCACCUAGAGAUGGCUGAAGGAAGUGGAAAUGAGGAGACAACUCUUGAGCAUACAUCAACAUGGGCAGUGGUAGUUGUUUGUUUCAUCUUGAUGAGCCCAAACAAUGUACUAUAUAUAUACUAUACCUCUCGCGGAUCGUUGCUAAUAUUGUACAAUUACGUUACCUGACUUUUAGCAUUUCUUUCAACUUGUUAGGGAUGAGAGUCUUUUUGUUUGUGCACAAGAAAGUCUUUCAAGUUAUUGUAAAUGAGAAUCUUUCGGUACUUUAUUGGGAUUUUAGUACUUUCUUUGAGCACUUGUUUGCGAUUUUAGU